AUGACAGUGAAGGUGGAGACGUGCAUGGUGGGCGAGCUCAUGAUGACCCUGCUAGUUGUCAGUGUGUUCAUCAUCAGUGUGAUGAACACAGUGCUGAACAUCAGUGUGGUUACAGAGGCAGACGCCCCCAGACCAGCAGCAGGGAGACCAAGGGCGGAGGACCGCACUGAGUCCAAGCCCCACGUGGACACUAGGAGGCCUUGUGCAUGCACGGGCGUGAGUGUUCUCCGCCUGGACGCCGAGGCGCAGAAUCAAGCAAGCACGUGGCUACGCGCUGGGCCUUCCUUCAGUCCUGGGGCCUCGGUGGGCACCGGUAGGGCGGAAACAAGCCCCCGAACACUUAAGGACUCGCAUCCCCGCCGCUUCUGCCGUGACUUGAACUCUUUUCAGAAACUGCACAGAUUUAAUACCAGCAAAAGGAGCCGAGUUACCAGGUCCCCUUCAGGCGCGCGAAGGGCUUGUGUCACACCGCCUCUCUCUUCUCCAAUCCCCGGCCGACACAAAAUUGCGCGUGUGUGUGCCCGAUCCUUCCCUCCUUGCCAAAGCCCAAGCAGCUCGCAGCACUCGCGGGCUAUAAAGCCCGGGGCUGCGGGGCAGGAAUCCAGCACCGCGAACGCAGCUCGGGGACGGAGCUGGGCGGGGCCGAGCGCCGGGACUGCCCGGGCGCGGGGCGCAGCCAACCAGCGGCCGCGGAGGGCGGGUCGGCGCGGGCAGAGGGGCGCGGGCUGUCACAGGCGCCUGGCGCGCGCUGCAGGUGGCAACUUGGAGGUGCCACCGCCGCCGCCGCAAGAGGGCCCGGGUCUGGCGGCCCCUUCCGGCCUCCGGGAGCCCUUUCCCGCCACCCAGCGGAGAUCGGACGCGGGAGAAUCCGUAGGAAAAAGCCGCUGCGCAGGGACCCGUGAGCAGCCCUACCUCUCCUCUGCCCUUCCGCUACUUUUUUCCUUCGAGGAAGGUUGUGCCGGGGAGCGGCGACCAGGCUCCGUGAGAGGCCGGAGAGGGACACUCCCGGCGACCCAGGGUACAGACUGUCCCCUCAGUGAUGCUGUUCCAGCAGGCGUCCCUGGAGAAUGCACUUUGAUAAGAAUGUUUGAUGUGACCGGCCUUGUUGCCUGGCUGCGUUCCAUCAUCUCCUUCACACCCAUUUCCUUACGUGGAUAUGCCUUAGAUCCAUCUUCUCUCACUGAUGUUACUAACAUGCAAUUAUUUUCUUGUUAUUAAAAUCAUAAUCACGCUUUUGGUUGCUAUUUAUUCCUGGAAAUUGCAUAUUAAGGUAAUUAUUUUUAUCUUGCCGACAUUAACAGCUCAUAAAUUUUACAGUCAUAAAUAUUAACCACUUAGCUGCCUGCCUCUAGCUCCUUGGUGAAGAGAGAAGUGAGGUUUUUUUCCCCCUAAACCCCUAACAGUUAGGGGAAUGCAGAAGGGACUUGAGGAUGGAUAAAGCUUGCAGCAGCUUCUGAGGUGACAGGUACCAAAAAGCCAAUAGGGCUAGCAGAGGGGGUUUGCGGGCAGCACAGAAGGGCUCACUUCCUCAUAGCUCGGUUGAUAAAGAAUCCCCCCUGCAAUUCAGGAGACCCCAGUUCCAUUCCUGGACGGGGAAGAUCCCCUGGAGAAGGGAUAGGCUAUCCACUCCAGUAUUCUUGGGCUUUCCUGAUGGC